AUGGUGCUUGGACAUGAUACUAAUAUCUAUCGUAAUCGUUAUGCAAUGAUUUCUCAAAAUGUUUUAGUAGCUUGUAACUUUGAUUUAGAAUUCAUAUAUGUGCUCAGUGGGUGGAAGGGAUCUAUCCAUGAUUCAAAUAUUUUGGCAGAUGCUUUAUCAAGAAAUAGCGAGCUUAAACCCGGCCUACUCAGCCUCGCCGACCUCUGCCGCCGGACCGACUACCCUGCCCUCUGCCUCGACGCCUCCAAGGCCUACGGCCACGCCUACCCGUCCCCGCCCGACGCCGCAGCGCUGCUGUCGAUGCACCUCGACAUGGCCGCCGACCACACGCGGACGGUCAAGGCGGAAGCGGAGGAGCUGCUCUCCAAGGGCAAGGGAAGCCCCCGCGAGAAGGGGGCGAUCGACGUGUGCAACACGCAGUUCGGGGACGCCAUCGACGACAUGGAUACGGUGCGGAAAGCGGUGAAGGGGCGCGACGCCGGCACCGCCAACACCUUCCUGAGCGCCAUCAUCACGUACUACGACACCUGCGACGACGCCUUCGCGGAGAUCCCCCUGCCCAACCCUUUCGCGAAGCAGGACGACUCCCUCUCCAAGAUUAUCAGCAACGCGUUCGCGCUCGUCCCGAUCGUGAUUUCCUAA